AUGGAAACUCUUCUUGUUGUGGCGGAGCCUAAGAACCAGUACUACAACCGGGUCAAGCCACACGGGCCUGCCCGAUACGGCCCGUCACCUUCGAAGGACUUCAGAGCGAUCAAUUGCCGAACUUUCCAAUCCGGCACAGGUAUACUCCCUACCCCAUCGAAGAAUUGCUCUACUCCUGUGUCCAAACGAGUAUGCUCUUCUUCUUCUAAGAUAACUACACCUAGUCCAAACAAGACACCUACUCCUAGUGUAGGUUCACAGUCUGAUAGUAAAACACUUGGUAAAAGCACCCCAAUUGCUAUCAAUGUCAAAAGCUCGAAGAAAGAAAAGCCUUUUAAUGGAAGUUUUUCAUUUUCUGAGCUCUGGGCUGGCCCUGCUUACUCCAACUCUCCCCCACCUAGCUCUCUGCCAAUACCCAAGUUUUCAAUCCGACCCAAGAGAACCGUGUCGCUUGAAUUGCCAAGCUCAGCUUCUGAUAUGGAAAUGCACCCAACUCACCCAAUUGCCAAGUCUGCACCUGCAUCCCCAACUAGGGAGCAUAGCUCUUCUGCAAGAGACCUCUUUCAUAAUGCUGACUCUGCGACCAGGACUCUGCGUCGCAUUCUGAAUCUUGAUGUUGACGAUGAAUGA